ACAUUUCGGUAUGGUUUGGAACGUGUUUGCCGAUCUAUCUAUUUCUUUCAUUAGGCUCUUGGUCGGAAUACAGAUUUUUUGGUAUUAUGCUGAAUCUACUAAAAUUGAAAUAGGAAAGUUUAGGACGUAUAAGAACAUGAAAAUAGCACCAUCUAUUAGUUCCACAGAAGAACAUAUUGAUAGGUCUCACAUGGAAUGUAGUCGGCGGUUACUCAGUAAAGAUGACAUUUGUGUCGCAAGUUAUAAUACUGUAACACGCACGUGCAUGUUGUAUGCUUACGGUUGCUCUCCGUCAUUCAAUGUGUCAAAUACAGGAACGUGCUUAAUACGCAGAGAUUUGUCAGGUUUUAUUCAGGACAACGAAGAUUGUUCGUACUACAAGAAUACCAAUGAUCCUAGUGGUGUCUUUACAAUACAACCAGAGGGUGUCAACACUGGAAUUGCGGUAUACUGCGAUAUGAAUACAGAUAAUGGCGGAUGGAUAUUAAUCCAGAACAGAUACGACGGCUCUGUUAACUUUUACCAGACAUGGAACCAGUAUAAAAACGGAUUUGGUAGCUUAUCCGGAGAAUUUUGGAUAGGCAAUGACAACCUUCACACUUUAACUUAUUCAAAUAAGUACAUGCUACGUGUAGACCUAACAGAUAGCUUUGGGAACCAGACAUAUGCAGAAUACUACAUUUUCAGAGUAUCAGACGAGGCGGACAAAUAUAGACUGAUUAUUGGAGAAUAUUAUGGUGAUGCUGGAGAUGCUAUGUACUAUAAUAACAACCAAAUAUUUCACACAAAGGAUCAGGACUCCACAGUAGGAUUUAAUGGAAGAGUUUGUUCCCUUGACAGAUAUGCUGGCUUUUGGUUUGAUAGGUGUACUUGGGCUAAUCCGAAUGGACGCUGGCUUCCGGGUAUAGCAGCCUGGGAUUCCAUUCACUGGUACCAGUGGCUCAAGAAUGAAGGCUUAUCUAAAAUUUCAAUGAAAAUCCGACGAAAAUAAAGUUGUAGAAAUUUGAGAUUGUGCGCGUACCUAUUGUUGAAACUAUGCAAUGUACUUGAAACUGUUUACAUUGCAUGUUAAUAACAUGUUGUUAGUAAAAAAAAAAUUACUGAAAAGAAGAAAAUGAUAAUGAACCAAUGUUAAGGUGUUACUUGUUGUUAGUCUUAUUUCUUACAUAGUGUAUCGGCAAAGCUAAUAUUGCAACAUGAUCUUGAUUUAAAGGACUUUUUUGCCAUUUUAAUAUAACACAUUCUUCUAUCACUAGUUUUCGAUUAUUGAUUCACUAAGUGUUGUAUACAUCAGAUGUCAUCACAAAUAAAGCACAUGUUUGUUUAAUUCGACAGUUGUAAUUGCUUUACGUUUUUUUUCAUUUCGGGGCCUUUUAUAGCUUACUAUGUGAUGUGAUUUGCUCACUAUUGAAGGCCAUACGGCGACCUAUAGUUGUUAACUUCUAAGUUAUUUGGUCUCUGGUGGAGAGUUGUACAAUUGGCAAUCAUACCACAUUUUAUUUUUUAUAGAAAAUCAAUAUUUGAUAAACAAAAUUUUACUUGUUUCCAUUUCUGUUCACCCGUUUUUCAUUAAUAUUUAUGACAUGGUUUUUUAACCCGUAUUUUUUUCCAGCGUAAGGUUUUAUAGAUAUUUCUAAUCUUAUGUCCUGUAACUGGCAUUAUAUGUAUACCUAGUAGACAAGAAGAUUCCUUUCCAUUCGUUUUUCACUUAAUAUUACUUACAUAUUUUUUCUCUCGCAUGUUUUGCCAGAAUAAGUUUUUUUACAGAUAUUUCUGAUUAUGUCAUGUAACUGUCAAUGUAUAUAUACCUGGAAUGUAUACAUCGUGUCUGAAAUUGUGUUGCAAUGCACGGAUGGUUUGUAUACAUUCUAGAAAUUAUGUUUCUGUUUCAUUCAUGAAUUGACCAAAUUUGACAAAACUAAUGAACCAGAGAUAUAUUGUCAUAAUUCAUGCCUUGUUGACACGACUGUGCUUGUUGGAAUAACUUUAUACAUUUCGGAUUCAACCGUCUGAUAUAUUUCACAAAGGACUUAUCUAGAAUUCUGAACACCUUAAAAAGCGUGUAAGACAUCUUAAGAAAAUACUAGUAUACCAGACUCAAGUGUGAGGCAACAAAAAACGGAUUCUUUAUGCUCUAAAGACAAUUAUUUGUUUUUAAUUGUUAUUGUUAUGUUAUCCCACGCAUAUAUUUCACAUCUUAAUGUAUAUUUUGAAAUUACCAAUUAUACAUAUCAAAUUUACUAUAAAUGUUUGAUGAUGACGUGCAAAUUGGUAUUCUAAUGUAUCAAAUAAAAAUAUUUAAAAAAUAGAUUUAUGAAAUUAUUUAACAUGAAUUACCUGCACAAUUUGUGAUUAGGACAAGAAAAUAAAUGUGUGCUUCUGAUUACUAACUGAAAAAAAGAAAAAGAUCAAUUGUUGAAUAUGAAUUCACUAUGAACAACAAGUUUAUUUAUUUUGUAAAAACUAUCUUCGUACUCCUGACAACAAAAUUAUUAUAUUUAAAUUUAUC